GGACUGCAAGCGUUAAAUGACUCUGACUAAAAGUGGAAAAUGGCGGACGACGAUGGCGAUAAUUUUGAUGAGGAUUUAGAUGAAGUAGAAGAUGAAGAGCCAUUGGAUGAACCCAUCAGUCAGCCACAAGACCAGGUUGAAGUACUGUCCUCAGAUGCUGGUCUUGCAGUUCCACCAGAGAAGAGAAUCACUACACCAUACUUAACUAAAUAUGAAAGAGCAAGAGUGCUUGGCACAAGAGCACUGCAAAUAGCAAUGUGUGCCCCUGUGAUGGUAGAAUUGGAAGGAGAAACAGAUCCUCUGCUCAUUGCCAUGAAGGAGUUGAAAGCGAGAAAGGUUCCACUCAUCAUUCGACGCUAUCUUCCUGAUGGAAGUUUUGAGGAUUGGGCAGUGGAUGAACUUUUAAUGACAGAAUGAGAGAUUCACUUUAAAGCAAUUUUCAUUUCCAUAAGUGUGUAAGGCAUAGAGUUGGCAGUAAAAGAAAAAGAUGAAUGUUGUUUGGAUCAGAGAGUGGUUGGAAGAAAGUCCAUUUCAGAAAGUUGAUUUCAUUUUAAUUGUAAAUUUGUGUUUCUCUAAGAUAUUAAACAAAUUUUAUAAUGUG